AGAGAGAGAGAGAGGACAGUAGUGAGAAGGGGGCAGAGCCGCAGAGGUGAGGAGAGCGGAGAGGAGAGAGAAAACGAGUUGGAAUGGGAUUUUGAGGAAGAAGAAGACCUCAAAGGAGAAACAGAGAGGAGAGAGAAAGCUUCGGCAGCCAUUGUAGCUCACUUUCUUGAGCACGAUCGGAUCGUUUAUGCUGGCUGUAGUUUGAGAGUUAUCGACAACUACUCGUUGGUUACUGUAUUAGCCCUAAGAACAAACCUUCUCUUAACUCAUCUAUCUUAAUACACGCAUUCUUUCUCCUCUCUCAAUUUUUGAUCGCAACAAUAUUUCCUUUUAUUUUAAUUCGAUCGACCUAGGUUCUCACUAUUUUUGAGAUUUAGUUACGCCUCUUUUCGACUUUCAAAACCCUAAUCGAAACCCUUAUUUUGAUUGAUGGCUACAUCUGCUAAUUCUGUUACGAGUAAUCACUCGCCAGGCGGUGAUGGCGCUGGUACUAAUAGUCCCCAAGCCAAACAGGGACGUGGUGCUGUUUCGCCAUGGAUGCAGGUCGUCAGAGGAUCCGAAUCGGAAUCUAUUGUAGAUGGAGCUCCAUCUUCUCCUCUAUCACCUGCUAAGGCUUCUUCAACUGCUUUCUCAGCUGAUGAUUCUGUAGCGGAUGCUCAGAUGGAGGUAGCCGAUAAUGUUUCCGGUAUUAACAAUGCAGGUAAGAAGCCGGUUUGGAACAAGCCUUCUAAUGGCGUCGCUGAGGCAGGAGCAGUCAUGGGGGCUAUUUCUUGGCCAGCUUUGUCAGUGUCAGCUCGGUCUUCCCCAAAAUCAUCACCGUCUGAUUCGUUGAAAAUAGUGACUGAUGGUUUGGUGUCUCCAUCUCAGGGGACUGGAACUGCUUCUCCUGUUUCGCAGAAAAAGUCUAUCACUAACAAUGCAAAUGUUAGUUUAACCUCAAACCAUGGAACCCCCACACGCCAGAAGUCUAUGAAGCGUGGUGGUGGAAGUUUUAACAGUGGCGGCUUACAGUUGCCUCAGCCAACACUUGAAUCGGGAGUUGAAAUGUCUUCUCCUGGCGCUGGAAAGUCUAAUUCGGCUGUUGUUGAGCCUUCUCAUUCGAAAGAAGCAACAAACAAGGAGAGUGGACAAAAGGGAGGAGGAGGGAUUGUCUCUCAAUCCCCUGGUGGAAAUGAUCAUCCACCACCACAGCGCAAUUUAUUUAGAAGAGGAAAUGGCGGUUCACAUCCUCGUGGUGAUGGCUCUUACCAUCAUAAUAAUAAUAAUAAUAACAAUCAUGGGGGAAGACGAGAACACGAUUGGAAUCAUCAUCGAAGUUUCAACGGUAGGGAUAUGCAAAUGCAGUCACCAAGAGGAGGAGGAGGAGGCGUUCAUAGGGGAUUUAUGAGAAACCCUCCUCCUAAUACUGCAUUUGUUCCUCCUCCACCACCUCCAUUGCAUGUGCGACCAUUUGGAGGCCCUGUGGUUUAUUCUGAAGUGGGACCUUCAGUGAUUUACAUGCCAGCUCCGUCUCCAGAGUCCCUCAGAGGUGUCCCUGUCCCUCUUGUUCAAUCACCUAUGUCGCCUCAUCCAAUGUUCUAUCUCCCAGAUCCACAAUUGCACUCAAGGAUUGUGAGUCAGAUAGAUUACUAUUUCAGCAAUGAAAAUUUAGUCAAAGAUACAUUCCUGCGGAUGAACAUGGAUGAUCAGGGUUGGGUUCCAAUUAGAUUAAUAGCAGGAUUUAAGAAGGUUAUGAUGUUAACAGAUAAUAUCCAGUUUAUAUUGGAUACCUUGCACUCGUCAACUAUAGUGGAAAUCCAGGGUGAGAGAGUAAGAAGGAGAAAUGAUUGGUCAAAGUGGAUCAUGCGACCUACUUCUUCUUCUUCUUCUGCUCAGAUCUCAAGUCCUCAGUCUGGUGGUCCAGACAUGAUGUUUACUGCAAACAUGCAUAAUCUUACACUUGAUGAAGACAAUGGUGGUUCUGCUGGUUAUGGUUCAGCAGCAAGAAAUAACUAAGAAAGAUGGAUUGUGAAGUCCCUAAACAAUGACGCUUAUGCUGAGAGGGACGGACGGACAGGGAAAAUUGAAUGAAUGUUGUGUCUUUUGCUUGUUUAAUGAUGAUGAUGUUGUUGUUGUUGUUCUAAAUGGUGGUGAAUUAUGUUCUAUUCUUUUGGAGGUACAGCGGUUGUUUUUUUGGCAUGGUUAUGUUUUACUUACUAUUGGGGAUUUACAGUUUUAGAAGAAUGGUGGGGGGAGAAACAAGAAUAAACAAACACAAGAAUAAUUGUUGGCUUUUGAAUUUGACAACUUUGUUGUAUGCAGACUUGGUUUGUUAUU